AUGCCUCGCCUCGCCCUUCACACCUCAACCCUACGCGCCUCGAGAUUUGUGUCACGCCCCCUCAGCACAUUCUCUCCCCUCCGCGCCAAAGCCCCUGACAGCACACCAGGCUGGGAAGGACGCCAUGGAGAGGACCACGCCGUGAAUCGAUCGCCGCACGACCCGCAGAGCAAGAACGCGGAUGUCAGCAUGAAAGAGCACGACCAGCAGGACUCGCAGAGCCAGGCCGUUGACCAGGGUGAUCACCGUGACAGCAAUAAGAGGGCUAAGGAGGACCAUCCUGAGGCGCCGGGCCCGGUGCUGGGGAUGAACGAUGAACGGGGAGGGAAGGGACAUUAG